GUCCACGCGUUAUCGCACACCGACGUACGCAAGGCUCGCCUACUAGUUAUCGUAACUACCUAACUAACAUUAUCGCGGGUGCUCCUGCCUGCAGGAGCACCUUAUUUGUGAUGGAGAAGAUGUCGAGUACCCCCACUAUCCAGUACGAAGACACCAAUUACUGGAUAUAUGUAUCAAACGAGUCGAUGAAAUGUUUCGUUUGUAAUACUAUGGGACACUUGGCUAAAAACUGUCCUCAAGGUAACCACAUAUUAUCUACUCCUAAAAACACUAGUGAUGUCACACUAGGACCUACCGAAAACCCCAACUAUAUUUUAGAAGAGUCUUCAAAUUCAAAAGUUCUGUCGCAGGCAGACAAUACUAAUUUACCGUCUAAAGAUUUUGAAACCAGCAAGGGUAUUAAAAGAAUCCGUUCUUCUACGACAUCAGAACCUUCUCAUUCUGAUUUAAAUCAAACCACUGACCUUGUUAUGGAAGAAAUCGUACCAUCGAGUGAUUAUACUAAUGACACCGAUAGUAAUUUUUCAUUAGAAGAAGAAAUACCUAGUAAGAAAAACCUAAAGAAGAAGAAGAAAACACUAGAUAACAGAUCGGAAGAACAGGUUUGGACGGAUAUUAAAAUUGAAAUCAAGGAAUUAGAAAAUGAAGAUGCCUUACCACACUUCCCCUUAACAUUAGACCGAUUUAGAAAACUCCUUGACGAAACGCGCAACAAACAGAAUAUACAAGAAAUUUUACAAGAUUAUACUGAAAACACCGCUGAGUUAGUUACAAUGUGCCUAUUCAUUCAUCCGAAACUUAGUAGGAAUUUAAAAAACCGAUGUUCGAGACUAACGAGAAAACUACAAGAGCUUAGUUUAAUGAAAGAUAAGUGA